UCAGGAAUGGAAACGGCUUCUAGUUGCUGACAGACACCAGCGUCAACAAGUCGGGUUAGUUCAGCCGGUUUGUGUCAGUGGAUAUGAGGAAGCCCAACUGGCAGAACGGAAGAGCUUCACAGACUGCAGCGGAGAGAAGAUACCGGUGCUGGGUGAAUGGCUGAAAACCACACCGCCGGUCAGAUCAGGAAUUUGAAGGCUUCUCCUCUGGAUCUUAACAUCUAUAGACCAGAAGAACCGGCGGGAGAGUUGGAGAACCAGAACCUGUGGUCCAGACCCCUGGCUAGAAAAUGGACGGUGAUGCUGUUUCUGGGCACCUGCCUGCUGUACUGCGCUCGGAUGACCACGUCGGUCUGUGCCGUCUCAAUGGCCGCCACUUUCCACUGGAGUAAAAUCGACUCCGGUCUCGUCCUGGGCGGCUUCUUCUGGGGAUACUGUUUCACCCAGAUCCUGGGAGGACAUGCCAGCGACAAAGUGGGGGGAGAGCGCGUCCUGUUCUUCUCUGCAGCCUCAUGGGCUCUGAUCACCGCUGGGACUCCGGUGCUGGCCCAUUUGGGCCCCCACACCCUGGCUCUGAUGACGGGGGCCAGAAUCCUCAUGGGUCUACUCCAGGGUGUGUUCUUCCCGUCUUUGGCCAGCCUGUGCUCCCGGCGCGUUGUGGAGGCUGAGCGAGGGUUCUUGAUGAGCACCUUGCACAGCGGCAGCCAUCUUGGCACGUUGUUGGCGGGUGGAAUGGGGUCCGUGAUGCUGGACUGGUACGGCUGGGAAAGCAUGUUCUACUGUACUGGUUUCCUGGCUGGACUCUGGGCCGUUACAGUGAAGUGUUUCUUAUUAAGAGGCGACGUUACAGUGAAGCAGAUGGAAAAAAAGAGCGAAAUUCGAUCAAGUUUGUCCAGAAAACGUUGGCUGCACCUUUUCAAAAAGCCUCCAGUUUGGGCCAUGGUGUUCGCUCACAUGUGCACCUGCAGCACGUCCUACACGCUGCUGUCAUGGCUGCCGAUGUUCUUCACGGAAUCGUUUCCUCACGCCACCCCUUGGGUGUACAACGUGGUUCCCUGGUUAAUAGCGAUCCCAUCAGGUCUUGGUGGAGGAUUUGUGUCGGAUUUUCUCAUCGCAAAAGGAUACAGAGUUGCAUCUGUGAGAAAAAUAAUGCAAUUUGGUGCCAUGGGUCUCUCCAGCAUGUUUAUUCUGCCUCUGUCUGGAUCCGUCUCCUUCACGUCUGCUGUCGCCUUCAUCUCUGCUGCCGUCGGUUUCACCACCUUCACCGCAGGCGGUGUGUCUGUGAAUGUGCAGGAUCUCACUCCAUCCUGCGCUGGAGCGCUCUAUGGGUUUAUGAACAUGAUGGGAGCCUUAAUGGGUCUGGUUCUGGUGUCGUUCUCGGGUUACCUGAUCGAGGUCACCUUGUCGUGGUCCAUCGUCUUCUCCCUCGUCACUUUGGUAAACGUCACCGGCCUCGGCGUCUUCCUCAUCUUUGGAGACGCUCAACGUGUCGACCUGCAGGACAACGGCCAGCUCAUCGUGGUUUAAAUCAUCCUCAGCUACUUUAAUUAGAUUAUUAUAUUUAUUUUUAUAUGUAGAAAAAUACUAGUGUUCAUCAAAGCUCAGGAUAUUUUCUCUGUUGCAGAGAAAAACAUCAAUUAAGUCUGUAAACAUGCUGAAAUGAAGAAACUUUCUGAAUAUUAUUUUCCUGCACAACAACAACACAUUAAGCUGCUUUGUACAAAUAUUAAAAAUAUAAUUUAUUUAAGAAAGUUGUAUUUUCACAAGAGAACAUUUACUUUAAUAUUAAAGUUGUUCAUUGUUUCAAAAUUAAAGCAGAAGCAGGAAAGACUUUCUGAAAAUAUUUAAUUCAGUAAUAAAAAGGAACUUUAUUAAUCACAAAGAGAAAUUAGAUGUAACUUGUAUAAAUGAAGUUUCUUCAAAGAGUUGUCAUAGCUGCUGAUGGCUGUGGGCAGGAAUCAGCUCCUGUAGCAGUCUGUGUUACUUUAUUAAAGUUUAUUUUUCCAACCUGGUGAGGUCAAGCUGCACACCUUACAAUAAACAACAAACAUUAUCAAUAAUGUAGAAAUAAUAAAACUGUAAAAACAGA